AUGACGACUACACGAGAUGUCAACUCUCCUCUGGGAGUUUCUCAGCCCAGGAGGAGGCAUGAAGAAUACCAGUAUCUCGAACUGGUCCGCGAAAUCCUCGACGAGGGAGAACACAGGCCUGACCGCACCGGCACCGGCACCAUCAGCGUAUUUGCGCCCCGUCCUCUCAAGUUCUCCCUGAACAGGGACGGCGUUCCGAUCCUGCCGCUCCUCACCACGAAGCGGGUGUUUCUGCGCGCCGUCGUCGCCGAGCUGCUGUGGUUCAUCGAGGGCAACACCGACUCCCGGGCUCUCAGCGACGUCGGCGUCAAGAUAUGGGACGGCAACGGGUCGCGCGAGUUCCUCGACAGCCUGGGCCUGACGCACCGCGAGGAGGGCGACCUCGGCCCCGUCUACGGCUUCCAGUGGCGGCACUUUGGCGCAGAGUACGUGGACGCCAAGACGGACUACACGGGCAAGGGGGUCGACCAGCUCGCCGACGUCAUCGACAAGCUCAAGACCAGGCCGUACGACCGCAGGAUCAUCAUGAGCGCGUGGAACGCGCGGGACCUGCACCUCAUGGCGCUGCCGCCUUGCCACGUGUUUGCGCAGUUCUACGUGUCGUAUCCCGGGCGCCGGAGACGUCGGGCCCAGGCGCCGGCCGGCGAGACGGCUCCUCCCGCUGCCGCUGCUGCUGCUGCCGCCGCCGCCGAGGAAAAGGGCCAUUUGCACUGCCAGCUGUACCAGCGGUCCUGCGACAUGGGUCUCGGCGUGCCGUUCAACAUUGCCAGCUACGCGCUCCUCACGCACAUGGUGGCGCACGUGUGCGACCUGAUACCCGGCAGCCUGACCCACGUCAUGGGCGACGCGCACGUCUACGCCGAUCAUGAGGAGGCCCUCAACGUGCAGGUGGAGCGGGAGCCUCGCGAGUUCCCCGAGCUCGAGAUUUCGCGCGACAGGGGAUGCGGCAUCGACGGGUGGAAGGUGGAGGACUUUGUGGUCAAGGGAUACGAUCCGCACAAGACGAUUGCCAUGAAGAUGUCUGUAUGA